AUGUUCUCACGACCAAGCCUUGGCGCCUUUGCGCUCGGCCUCGCUCUCGCAGGCUCGCCUGUCAAUGCUGAUGGGCCCUGCGACAUCUACUCAUCUGGUGGCACGCCUUGCAUUGCGGCACAUAGCACUGUUCGCGCCCUGUACGAUAGCUAUACCGAUGCGCUGUAUCAAAUAUCCCGUGGCUCUGACGGUUCCACAACCGAUAUCACGCCUCUAUCCAACGGCAUUGCCAAUGCCACCGCUCAAGACUCGUUCUGCGCUGGCACAACCUGUCUGAUAACCAUAAUCUAUGACCAGUCUGGAAGUGGUAACCACCUCACCCAGGCACCGCCUGGAGGCGCUGCAAGCGGCCCGGAAACCAAUGGCUAUGAUUAUCUAGCAAGCGCGAUCGGUGCGCCAGUCACUCUGAAUGGCACCAAGGCGUAUGGAGUCUUUAUUUCCCCCAAUACCGGUUAUCGCAACAACAAUCCCAACGGCACCGCUACAGGUGACGAUCCCGAGGGCAUGUACGCAGUCUUUGACGGCACUCAUUAUAACAACAAAUGCUGUUUCGAUUACGGAAACGCCGAGACGGAUAGCAGAGAUACUGGCAAUGGCCGUAUGGAAGCCAUCUAUUUUGGUAACGGCGGUAACAAGGGUUCUGGCAACGGGCCCUGGGUCCAGGCCGAUCUCGAGAAUGGCUUGUUCUCUGGCGGUAACGGUGAUGUAAACGAAAACAAUCUCAGCCUCACGUCCCGCUUCAUAACUGCGAUAGUCAAGGGUCAGAGCAACCAAUGGGCCAUCCGUGGUGGAGAUGCUACAUCGGGCUCGCUAUCGACCUAUUACAGCGGCACGCGCCCAAGCCCAGGCUACAACCCCAUGAGCAAAGAGGGUGCUAUUGUUCUUGGAAUUGGUGGCGACAACAGCGAUAGAGCCCAGGGAACAUUCUACGAGGGCGUUAUGACCACUGGGUAUCCGUCCGAUGACACCGAGAACGCAGUGCAGUCCAACAUUGUUGCUGCUGGAUAUGAUACCACGUCUCUAGUUACUGGAAACUUCUCACAGUUUUCUGUUGGUUCAUCCAUCUCCCUGCGCGCGACAACAGACUGCUGCACAAACCGGUAUAUCGCCCAUACCGGCUCUACUGUCAACACGCAGAUUGUUUCAUCAUCUAGCAGCGACGACCUUAAACAGCAGGCCAGCUGGAUUAUUCAUACGGGCCUGGGCAACAGCGACUGUUUCUCAUUCGAAUCGAAAGAUACCCCCGGCAGCUAUAUCCGCCAUUACAAUUACCAACUCCAGGCUGACCAGAAUGACGGCAGCCAGUUGUUUGGUGAGGAUGCCACGUUUUGCCCGCAGUCCGGCCUCAAUGGGGACGGUCACUUUUCGAUGCGAUCCUGGAGCUACCCUGCUCGAUAUUGGCGCCAUUACAAUGCAGUAGGCUAUCUUGCAAGCAAUGGUGGUCCCCAUGAUUUUGACGCUACCUAUUCGUUCAAUGACGAUGUGAGCUUUGCGAUCAGCGACGGUUUUGCCUAA